AGAUUGCUCAAAAAUCAUUUCGCAAAAAAGUGUUCAUGAUUGACUUGUUUUCUCUACUCGAUUGCUCUGACUCAGCACUGUCGAACGCCUUAUCAUUGUAUUGCAUACAGCAGGAGCUGUUGAUGUGGUGUUGCGAACAUUCACUCAUACCUCAGCAUUUAGUAUCGCCAUGGACGACAACGUAUCGUUGAAAUCGGCAUCGAUUAAUCUGGACGUCACGAAGGACAACAUGCUAGAUCUUUCGAUAACAUCAAUUCCAAUUACUGACGAGAAGACUGCCAUGGAAAACAUUGCGUGA